UCCGCCCUCUGAGGACACAGCCUGCGUGCGUGCCUCCUGAACGCGAGAGAUUACCGCGGGGCUCGAAGCAUGGCUGAAAGCGGCCGGACGCCUCAGGCCCGGGCGCUCUUGCAGCAGUGCCUGCACGCCCGGCUGCAAGUGCGCCCUGCCGAGGGGGACUCCGAGGCCCAGUGGGUGGAGGUCCAGAAAGGAUUGGUGAUCUAUGUGUGCUUUUUCAAGGGAGCUGAUAAGGAACUUCUUCCCAAAAUGGUUAAUACACUGUUAAAUGUGAAAUUAAGUGAAACAGAAAAUGGCAAGCACGUCUCUGUAUUGGAUCUACCUGGCAACAUUCUGAUUAUCCCUCAAGCCACCCUUGGGGGCAGAGUAAAAGGAAGAAACAUGCAGUAUCACUCUAACUCUGGAAAAGAAGAAGGGUUAGAACUUUAUUCCCAAUUUGUGACUCUAUGUGAAAAAGAAUUAGCUGCUAACAGCAAGUGUGCGGAAGCUGGAGUUGUGGUGGAACAUGGCACUUAUGGGAACAGGCAAGUGUUAAAGCUGGAUACCAAUGGACCAUUCACACACCUGAUUGAGUUUUGAAAAAUUAAGUUGCUUUCUACAACUGUUCCUGGUAUAAAAUGACCUGGACUAUCUUAGAUCCCCCCACCCUCACCCCCCGCUGCCACCCCUUCUUCGUGAAUAAACUGAUCUGCAGCAUUUUUAGACAAGAAAUCUUGGGUCCCAUUCAUAACUCUGCAGCCUGCUAAUUGAAUGAUCUUGCUUUGCUAGUCACGUAAAGUCUGGACCUCAGUCAUUAAUCAUUCUGCUUUUCCCUACACUUUGACUUGAAAUUUUGAGAAAUGCUUUCUAUUUACUUCAUGGUCAUUGUGGAAAUGUUUUUAGAGAACUGUAUUUUAAGUAUUUUGCAAUGAAGAGUUUUGGGCAAUCAAGAAAAAUACAUUUCAAAAAGAAGAAUAUAUUUCUUGUACCCUUAAAUUUAUGUAGUGUGUAAGAAAAAUAACAAAAUUGGGGAAAUCUAGCACAAACCAAUUGUAGUUUUGUUUUUACUAUUCAGUUUUCUAUAUUUUGAAUGAAAGACUGAAAUUUAUUAUUCCUUUUAAUAUCUAUGAAAAUGUAAUAUGGAAAUGUUACUGUGUACUAUAUUACUUUCCAAGCAUAUCCAAAUAUUUUAAAAUUAUUUUAAGAAUGUUUAGUUGACAUGGAACAGCUAUGAGGUAGUAAAAGUUGUUUUUAUUUAAUAUACCAAUGGGUUAGUAUUCUAUUUCUCAGUUUUUUACCAAAACAAUGUAUGUCUCAUAUUUUGUCUUCCCUUUUUUUCCCACUCCAACCAACUGAGCCACUCAGCCAGGGCUGUCCUUUGCUUUUAAAAGUUACUGCUUCAAGAAACUAGUGUUAGUGUAUAUGGUAAUGUUUUUAGGAAGUUCCUUUGUUGUUGAGUUAGAUAGGGAAGAAAAAGCGAAGCCUUUCUACUGCAAUUAUUUGCAAACAAGGUCACUUGUUCAUUUUCAUAUUAUCUACUUAAUGAUUUGAAGGCAGCUUAAUUUUUUCUGUUAGUGAACUUGCCUGUUGCCCACCCCCCACCUCAAAAUUUAUAUGUUGAAGUCACCGACAGGAUGGUAUUUAGAGAUGGGGCCCUUUGAAAGUAAUUACGGUUAAUGAGGUCAUGGGAGUGGCGUCUUCAUAAUGGGAUUAGCAUCCUCAUAAGAAGAAACACCAGGAGCUUGCUCACUGUCUCCCUCCGGGUGAGGAUACAGUGAGGAGGGGCCACUUACCAGCCAGGAAAAGAACCCUGACCAGAAACUAACCUGCUGCCACCUUGAUCUCAAACGUCUAACCACCAGGACUCUGAGAACAUAAAUUUCUGUUUAAGCCACCUAGUUUAUAGUAUUUUGUUACGACAGCCCAAGCUGAGAUAGUGACAAAAGAUAGCUAGUCGAGUGAACUUUUUUCAAAGGUAGGAGAGGAAGAUGUGUAAAAAAAAAAUGAAAUAAUAAAUGAAUCAAUAAAAUGUUAAAGUCAUUUUUUUGCAAACCCCUCUGACAUAAUUUAAAAAGAUAUUUUGCUGCCCUGUCUGGGUAUCUCAUUUGGUUGGAGUGUCAUCCCAAUAUGCCAAGGUUGCAAGUUCAGUCCCUGGUCAGGGCACAUACAGGUGAGUGGAUGGAUAGGUGGAGUAACAGGUCAGUAUUUCUCUCUCUUUCUCUAAAGUCAAUAAAUAAAAAUUAAAAAAAUAAAAAUAAAAAGAUUUUUCUUAUGUGGUUUUAAUUUGCAUCUCUCUGAUGAUUAAUGACAUUGAGCAUUUUUUCAUAGGUCUGUUGGCUACCCGCAUGCCCUCUUUGAAGAAGUGUCUUUUCGGGUCCUUUACCCAGUUCUUAAUUGGGUUUUUUGUCUUGGUGUUGAGUUGCAUAAGGUCUUUAUAUAUUUUGAAAAUUAAACUCUUAUCAGAUAUAUCAUCGGCAAAUAUGUUCUCCCAUUCAGUGGGUUCCCUUUUCAUUUUGUUGAUGGUUUCUUUUGCUGUGUAAAAACUUUUUAGUUUGAUGUAGUCCUGUUUGUUUAUUUUUGCCUUAUUUCACUUGUUCAAGGACAUAUAUCAGCAAAAGUAUUGCUGUGAGAAAGGUCUGAAAUUUUAUUGCUUAAGUUUUCUUCUAGGAUUUUUAUGGUUUCAAAAUUUACAUUUAAGUCUUUAAUCCAAUUUUAGUUUAUUGUGGGAAAUGGUGUAAGUUGGUGGUCUGGUUUCAUUUUUUGGCAUGGUAUCUGUCCAAUUUUCUUAACAUCAUUUGUCAAAAUGACUGUCAUCAAUAAAUCAACAAAUACAGAAUCUAAAGAACUUGUGACACAUGGACAUGAACUAAAGGGGAAUGAGGGGAGUGGGUAUGCAGGGUAGAGGGGAAUGAAGGGGGAAAUGGGACAACUGUAAUGGCAUAAUCAAUAAAACAUUUUUAAAAAAUAAAAAAUAAAUCAACAAACAAGUGCUGGCGAGGAUGUGGAAAAAAGAGAACCCUGGUGUCUUGUUGGUGGGAAUGCAGACUGGUGCAGCCACUGUAGAAAACUAAAUAUAGAGUUUUCUCAAAAAAUUAAAAAUCAGAUGCCUUUUAACUGAGCAAACACGCUUUUGGUGAUACAUCUGAAGAAACCUGAAACACUAAUUUGAAAGAACAUGUGCAUAUGCAUCCCUGUGUUCUUUGCAGCAUUAUUUGCAGUAACCAAGAUCUCAAAGCAGCCUAAGUGCCCAUGAGUAGAUGAGUGGAUAAAAUAGCUGUGGUACAUUUAUACAUUGGAUUACUACAUGGCCAUCAAAAAAAGGAAUGUUGGAAAGAUCUGGAGAUUAUAAUGCUAAGUGAAAUAAUCCUGUCAGAGAAAGAAAUACCAUAUGACCUCACUUAUGUGUGGAAUGUAAUGAACAGAAUAAACCGACAAGCAAAACAGAAACAGAGGCAUGGAUACAUGGAACAGACUGACAGCUGUAGGAGGGGAUAGGCUUGGAUGGAAGAAGGCUGUUGAAGGCCUGGAUGGAAGAAGAGGAAGGGAUUAAACAAAUGAACACAAAGACAACACUGUAGUGAUAGCUAGAGAGA